AGAAAUUAUUAUUACGUCAAAGAGAGACUCUAUACAUUCAGAUUCUAACAUUUAAACAAGAUGAGUAUGUUUCGAAGCGUUUUGUGUUUCUUGUGUGAAACCUUCAUCAUGUUCUGGAAUGGGUCGCAGCUAGAAUGUGGACAUUUUGUGUGCGGAAACUGCUAACAGUGGCUACUACAUCAUGAAGACUCGCCGUUAUAAGGAGAACGGUGGGUAGCAGGCUGUGUACAAUGUCGAGAAGAGGUAAAGGCAGACGAGAACACGUGUCCUGAAUGUUUGUGUCAUGUGGACUACAAAGGACAAGAGCACAGAUGUCCAUGCUGUUUUUUAUGCACUACGAAAGAAACAGAAAACUACAAACACGAAUGCCCGACCGUAUAAUUCAACCGAACAAACCACGGCCCUUUUUAGGGCCACCCUACUCUCCCGAAAGAGACAUUAAUUUAUGAAUGAUAAUUGAAAAUGCUUCGUUCUGGUUAUAUUUUAUUAUAAAUAUGAGCAAGGUCGCAGGAAAAGGGGUCUUAUCACAGAUUUUUCUUUUUUCAAUAUUUUGAUUUUUUUGUUCAUCUUACAAAGUACAAGGAGACCUUUCAAAUGAGCCAUGGCUUAUCACUGUCAUUUGAUGGGGUAAACAAUACAGACAAUCAACCUAUCGGAAAGGCCAGUAAAUCCUCCAGUGCUUGCGGGAGAAAGAAGGAGAAGGAUGUCGGCGACCAGUCUUGUGUAUCUCCUGUCCCGUCUAUCAAGAAGAGGAGGACAAGGUCACCAAUUCGGUUUCGAAAGGAUUCUCCUCUUUGCAAGAUAGAUGGGAGGAAUAUUAGCGACUGGCUCGCUAAAUCCUCCGAAUUCGUUCAUGCCUGCGGAACUGACCAGUCAGCAGUCUCCCCUAAACAGGGCAAACAAGAUAAAAUGGACGCUUAUCAAUCACCAAUCGUUCCAAGGAGAGUAGCUCAAACCCCCGACCCCGCGGAGCAAGUUGUUCCCAGCAUUCCAAAGGAACUAGACGCCGUAAUGACUGGAAUCAAAAGGUUGCCGAAAACGCCAGCAACUGCCCUUGAUUUGACCACGAAGUCAGCUACACUUGGAGCGGCCCCUAUUGACGAAGUCCCCUCUAUAACAGAUCCUGAUCAAUACGCCGUCGCGCCCUCUAUAACAAAACCUUGUGAUAUCAAUGAUCCAUUCAAAGUGGAACCUAAUGAUAUUGACAACGCUCCCUCAACGUCCCAUCCUGCUCGAAGCGACGAUGCCCCCUCUAUAACAGACCCUGAUCAAAGCGCCGACGCGCCCUCUAUAACAGAACCUUGUGAUAUCAAUGAUUCAAUCAAAGUGGAACCUAAUGAUAUUGACAACGCUCCCUCAACGUCCCAUCCUGGUCGAAGCGACGAUGCCCCCUCUAUACCAAAGCCUGGUCUUAGCAAGGACGCCCCCUCUAUAACAAAACUUGAUCGAAGCGAAGACGCUCUCUCUAUAACAGAACAUGGUCAAAGCGACGAUGAGUUCCCUACAGCAGAGCCUGAUGGGACCAUUGAAGAUGGCCGAUUAGCUCAGCUAAUCACGCUAGAGAAGCUUAAGGCUAUAAACAAAAUGUUGGACAAUUUUAAGUAA